GAAUGAAAACGAACCAUGUCGUACCUCGCAAGACUGAAGAGAAGCCAGACUAUUUCUACGUUUUAUGCAUUUGUAGAAUUCGCUGAACCGAAAGCUAACUGUCAAUGAACAUUAUUGUUUUCCCCUUGACGGUGACCAAGAGGAGUGUGAUUCAUUAAAAUGCCCGAGUCUACGAAGAUGAAUAAACCCGACGUGAAGAUUGUGAUCCUGGGUGACAUGAAUGUCGGUAAAACAUCUUUGCUCCACAGGUAUACCGAGAGGAAAUUCAAGGACACUAUCAGCACCGUGGGAGGGGCGUUCUUCUUGAAGCAGUGGGGACCGUACAAUAUAUCCAUUUGGGACACUGCAGGUCGAGAGCAGUUCCAUGGCCUCGGCUCCAUGUACUGCCGCGGAGCUGCUGCAGUCAUCCUCACCUAUGAUGUCACAAACUGGCAAAGCUACGCGGAGCUAGAGGACCGCUUCCUGUCGCUGACCGACACGGCCAAUCCCGACUGCAUCUUUGCCAUCGUAGGAAAUAAAGCUGACCUGACCGACUCGGAUGCUCACGUCGCAGAUCCCGAGGGCGGGCAGGGGGACGGGUCUAAGGCCCUGGCUCCACCCACAGGGCCUGCUCCUCCUGCCGCCCUGCAGGUGCCCAAACAGGUGAACAGGGAGGACGCCAUGGCGCUGUACGCACGGGUCCUGCGUUACAAAGACCUAGAGGAGAAGGCUUGUCUGCCCGCCGGCAGGAUGUGCUUCGAGACCAGUGCCAAGACGGGCUAUAACGUGGAUGCCUUGUUUGAGUCACUGUUUGACAUGGUGCUUCCUGCCAUCCUGAAGAGGAGAAACAAUAGCAGGGACUCCACCGUGGACCUCAACACACUCAGGACACAUAGGAGGACUAAAGCUGGUUGCUGCGACUAGAAGCAGAGACAGGAGAUAAGGAUACUGUGCAGUCAACGUUGGGAGGCGUUGGUAAGCCCCGUCAUGAACCACUGAGAAAGAGGGAGCGCAGACCUGUAAACAUAACGUCUUUAAUGAUUACGGCAUGAUUACGGCAUAAUUUGAUUAAGAUGAGAAUAGGAAUUGGCUCAGGAAUGUGUAGCUAUAAAAUGAAGAAAAUUUAGACGCAUGUUCCACAGUAUUUUGAAUAAUUAGUUCCCCCUUCCGUCUGUAAUCAAACUGGUCAUAUUUUCGGAUGCUUUGUGAUGAAGCAAAUGGUAUUUAAUAAUAAGAUACAUUAUGAGCUCAGGUGUUACCAUUAAUGGCAUUUUUAGGUAAAGCCCUUUGUCAAUCUCUGUGUACAAAUCAAAAUUAUCUUUAUAAACUCAGUUUACACACUAGGAAAAAUAAAUGUUGUGUCAGCAUUGUUGACAUUCAAAUUAUCCUGUUAAUUCACAUUUUAACCUUAAAAUACCAAAAUCCUGACCAAGCUGCUUGCAAAAUUGUACUUUCAUUGUUGUAUUAUUUUUGUCAGUGUCAAGAGGACUCUAAAGACGUUUGCUGUAUGUUUCUCUUGCGUAACCUUUAACAAAUUUCUUCCACAUAUGGACGAAAAUACCAACUAACUCCUAUAAUGACAUGCCAAGAAAUGACACACAUCAGAAAACUUAAGAAACGGAAGCACUUUAAUUUGUUGUUUGUCAAUUAAAGCAAUAACAAUCAUUCCACGGUUCAAAAGAUUAUUUUCCACAUAAUUACAUUAUUAAAAUGUUAUGGGUAAUGGUGUAUUAUUUGGUAAUGGCAAAAUUUCAAAAAGGUAUUUUUAUGGUCACAGCUGGUCGUAACUGACCUUUUUGUUUAAUGUCAUUUCUCUUGUUUUAAGUUGUAAGGCACAUGCAUGUUGGCACGGUACAUGGUACGAAUGACUGAGGACCAGUCGGGUCUGGUCAAGCACACUAAUUCACAUACACUGUUGAUGAUUUUUAAAGCUAUUCUUCAGACUUCUUUCCCUUCAGUCUCUGAAGGAAUGCCUGGAUUACUUGAGCCAACGCUGCAGGCCUUUAUCUGCAGAACAAGAAAAACAUUCACACCUACCCAGUUACUAAGUAAGCUAAGCGGUGGAACUGUCUAUGAUUUAAUGCUGUAAAUUACACCACUGGAAUCAGUGCAAUCUCUAUAACUGAGUGAAUAUA